AUGCAUUUGUGAGAAAAAGUGGAACAGUUUAGAGAAUUGUUUAUAAAUCAUUGGUUGCUAGCUAAUAUUCCACCACAAAUUGAUCCCUUUGUUUUCAAGUCUCUAAAUUCAAAUGAAAUGGAUGGUACUAAAAUUUUCAGGCCAAGGAGUUGCACCAACUGGUGUUAUUGCAAAGGGGAUAAUUCGGCAAUCAAGCCCGGGCCAGUUCGUAUCGCCACGAGCCAAGGCUCGUGUGUGUUGGUGCCUACAAGCUGCAGAAAAGUUGACGGAGUGGUUGCAUGGCUCAUGAAUGGGGUUGCUGCUGCUUUCUUCAUGUCUCUUGAACGUUGCUCUUGCAUUCAUAUUGACACCAAAGAUGAUGAUGGUGAUGAUAUUGAAAUUGAAUUGCUUGGCCCUGAUUUUACAAAAGAUGAGCAGCUAUACAAUUCUUCAAGGCAAGAAGAUGAGCAAGAAUUUGAGAAAAGAUUACUAGGUUAGAAAAGCCUUAUGAUUGGCUUAAUUUUAUUCUUUGUAAAGAUUUAAUUUAAUUGAUUGUCAUAAUUAAUUAUGAUUAAUUUAUUGAGACACAAAUUAAAA